AUGGGAACUACUGGCAAGGGGAGGACUACUGGCGGGGGACUGCUGGUAGGGGGACUACUGGCGGGGGGACGACUACUGGCAGGGGAUGGGGACUACUGGCAGGGAGGACUACUGGCAGGGGACUACUGGCAAGGGGACUGGCAGGGGACUACUGGCAAGGGGGACUACAUGGCAGUGGGGGGACUACUGAGGAUGGGGAACUACUGGCAGGGGAUGGGGAACUACUGGCAGGGGAUGGGGACUACUGGUGGGGAUGGGGGACUACUGGCAGGGAUGGGGACUACUGGCAGGGGAUGGGGGACUACUGGCAUGGAGGGACUACUGGCAGGGAUGGGGUCUACUGGCGGGGAUGGGGGACUACGGCAUGGGGGGGACUACUGGCAGGGGCGACUACUGGCAGUGGGGGACUACGCGGGGAUUGGGGGACUACUGGCAGGGGAUGGGGACUACAGGCAUGGGGGACUACUGGCACGGGGACGACUGGUAGGGACGACUACUGGCAUGGGAUGGGGACUACUGGCAGGGGAACUGGCAGGGGAUGGGGGACUGGGGAUGGGGGACUACUGGCAGGGAUGGGGAACUAUUGGCAGGGGAUGGGAACUAUUGGCAGGGGAUGGGGACCUGGCAGGGUAG